AUGGCUGGUUCACGGAAGAAUUUGUCUCGGAAGCGCAAGCACAGGGACUCUCUCGAAUUGGCCAAAGGACCUCCGAACUCCUCAGACCCUGUACUUGAUUCACCAGAACCGUCUUCUCAGCCAUCCAUGGGUACCGUGCCAACGCUACCUGCCAUGAAAUGCCUUCCGUAUGGAGAGUAUGGAAUUGCUGUACAGCACAAAGAGUCUAACCUACGCUCCCAACGGCCCCCAAAGCCCGUAGGCCCUGUACUUGACUCACCAGAACCUUCUUCUCAGCCAUCCAUGGGUACCGUGCCAAAGCUGCCUGGCAUGAAAAGCCUUCUGUAUAGAUAUUCUGUACAGCCCAAAGAGUCCAAUCUACGCUUCCAACGGCCUCCAAAGCCCGUAGGCCCUGUACUUGACUCGUCAGAAUCCUCUUCUCAGCCACCCAUGAGUACCGCACCAACGCUACCUGGCAUUAAAAGCCUUCUGUAUGGAGAUUCUGUACAACCCAAAGAGUCCAACCUACGCUCCCAACAGCCUCCAAAGCCCUUAGGCUUUGGAUUUGACUCGUCAGAAUCCUCUUAUCAGUCACGCCUGGGUAUUGCGCCGCCAGUUCAACAACCUCCUGAGUCCGACGGCCCUCAAACAUCUGAUGCUAUUCCCCCGGAUGAACCUUUUUUCAGCACUGACGAAAAGUUCAAGGAUCGUAUGGAAACGCUCAGCUCCGCCUAUGCUGGCCCGAAAGUGGCGGAACUUAAACUUUCCGGCCCGGAUAUGGUUGGAUAUCGCCUGGCAGCUGCGACAAGACUCGCCCGAACUUUCCUGAAGCACUUCUACCCCAAGAAUCAAGGCUACUCCAUUCGCGAGACUAAAUUCGAAAAUGCUUGGGACACAAUUGUCGAAGGCGAAGCACCCGCGUGGAAUCGCGUAGUGCUGACCUCGUUUAACGGGGGAUUGGAACUCGUAAAGCCGCUCAUGUACUAUUCCUUCUCAAGAAAUCACGUUUCUGGCUUUCUUGUCGAAAGGUUGGGGCGGUUUCACACUGCAAUGGCCAUCUUUGCACACGACUUGGUCAGGCCGGCGAUAUGGGAGUACAAUGCAGUCAUCAAGGUUGCGGACAUCAUGUCUGCCGAGCUGAAACUCAACACCAAAGUCGAAUUUGCGAAUGCCUUUUUCCUAAUCAAAGAUAUAUUGUACGUUUGUACUUAUAAACGCCCGGGGGACUCCUCCGAAAAAAAGUGGUUUCUUCAUCCGCAUCCGCGGGCUGGGAGGUUGAAGUUGGAUGUCGGUACGCCCGGUUGGAUCGAAAGGUCGAAUGGGUUUGAGCAAUAUAUGAAGGCUGUUAUUCAGAUGGAUGUCUACCACCUUUUGGCGAUAGGGCGUGGCCACACUUUGGAUCCAGCCUCUCCUGACGACGAGGACACCUCCGAUGAAGAGGAGAUGGACCAUGGAGCCAUUACACCAGAUGGGCCUCAAGCGGAUCGCGUGUAGACUCUCAUGAUUGUGUCUUAGACUGUCCUCUAAAGUGAACACACGCUCAUUCUGGGCUUGUGUAAACUUGCCUAGUACCUCUUAAGGCCAUUUGCUACCCCGUAAGAUUUUGAAAACAUAGCUCUUCGGGCCACCUCAGACGAAGUCAGAAUAGACUGUCACUUUAUGUUCAACGAAGCCUGAAUAGCUCCUAAGCAAUGAGAUGGCCGUGUGCAUAAACUUAUAUCCUAGUACAUACCUUAAGGCACUCGUCGCAUAUGCUUAGGGCAGGGCACCCC